CUCCUCGUCUUUUCUCCAUUCUUUCUCUGGAAAUUGGAAGCGCCACCUGCAGCCUGGGGAUGGAUAACUAUUCGGCUCUGCAACUCCAGUGUCUGGAAAUGACAACAAAAAGGAAGCUGAUUGGCCGGCUGGUGCCAUGCCGUUGUUUUCGCGGGGAAGAGGAAGUCAUCUCGGUGUUGGACUACUCCCACUGCAGCCUGCAGCAGGUCCCCAAGGAAAUCUUUAGCUUUGAGAGAACUCUGGAGGAACUCUACCUGGAUGCCAACCAGAUUGAGGAACUCCCCAAGCAACUGUUCAGCUGCCAGGCCUUAAAGAAGCUGAGCAUGCCUGAUAACGACCUCUCCAACCUUCCAACUACAAUUGCCAGCCUGGUUAACCUGAAAGAGCUUGACAUCAGUAAAAAUGGUAUCCAGGAGUUUCCAGAUCAUAUCAAAUGUUGUAAAGGCCUGUCAGUGGUUGAGGCCAGUGUCAAUCCCAUCACCAAGCUCCCAGAUGGUUUUACGCAGCUCCUGAAUCUGACUCAGCUCUUCUUAAACGAUGCCUUCCUGGAGUACUUGCCAGCUAACUUUGGCAGACUCUCCAAACUUCGGAUCCUGGAGCUAAGAGAGAACCACCUGAAAACCCUGCCAAAGUAAGAUUCAGUUGGGCUUUGUGUCUUGGAGAGGUUGGAUCUGGGUAGCAAUGAAUUCUCUGAAGUGCCCGAGGUGUUGGAGCAGAUUCACAAUCUAAAGGAGCUGUGGAUGGACAACAACUCUCUACAGUCCAUACCAGGGUCACUAGGAAAACUUCGCCAGCUGCGCUACUUAGACUUAGCUAAGAAUCGUAUUGAGAAUUUGGACACGGAUGUUUCAGGUUGUGAGGCCUUAGAGGAUCUUUUGCUCUCCUCCAACAUGCUUCAGCACCUCCCUGACUCUUUAGGAAUGUUAAAGAAGCUGACAACACUGAAAGUGGAUGACAACCAGCUGACCUCACUGCCCGGAACCAUUGGGAGUCUUUGUCUGUUGGAGGAACUGGACACUAGCUGUAACGAGUUGGAGUCACUGCCUCCAACCAUUGGCUACUUGCACAAUCUUAGGACCUUUGCUGCCGAUGAGAACUUCCUCAUAGAACUUCCUCGAGAGAUCGGUAACUGUAAGAACGUGACGGUGAUGUCACUCCGAUCCAACAAGCUGGAGUUCCUCCCCGAUGAGAUCGGACAGAUGACCAAACUACGAGUCCUAAACCUUAGUGACAAUAGGUUAAAGAAUCUACCGUUCACCUUUACCAAGCUGAAGGACCUGGCAGCUCUCUGGCUUUCUGACAAUCAGUCCAAGGCUCUGAUCCCCCUACAGACAGAAGCCCACCCCGACACCAAACAGAAGGUUUUGACCAACUACAUGUUUCCUCAACAACCUCGUCACGAUGAGGAUUAUCAGUCGGACAGCGACAGCUUUAAUCCGACUCUGUGGGAGGAGCAGAGACAACAGAGGAUGACUGUGGCCUUUGACUUUGAGGACAAGAAAGAAGAGGAAGACAACUCCGGGAAGGUCAAGGUGGAGAUCAACCUAAAACGUUAUCCUACACCCUAUCCCGAGGACUUGAAGAACAUGGUCAAGUCAGUGCAAAGCCUCGUGGGUAAAAAUGUUCACACGGGCCAUGGGCACCAGCACCAGCACCAGCACCAUCUUAGCACAGGCACUGCCACCUCAGCAGGAACCAACAUGGAACUUACACACCAUAGUAAAGAAGCGUACGAACCACCGUGGCCCCUGCCUCCCAAAGAGGUAACAGACCGAGAGAUGCAGGACUUCUCUCAGACUCAGCUCAUGGAUCAGGGACCGAUGCAUAACUCUGGCAUUGACAUCCCAAAGAGGAAGGACAAAGAGGAGCUGACGGAGAGCUCAGAGGACUCAAUGGGCGGCUCGCCCAACGACAUCCGCAUCUCCGACAUGAGGCCCACCCUAGUGGAGCCGCCCAUGUACAAACCCAAGGUGGUGCUGCUCGGCAAGGAUAAGAAAGAGUCUACAGACGAAGAGGUGGAUAAGCUCCACUGUCUGAACCACAGCGGCUCCUCGGCCACCUACUCCGAUUACUCUCCCUCGGUCGGCUCCUCUGGCUCGUCCAACCCACCCGCUAACACUCACUCCCACCCUCACCCUCACUCUCACGCGCACCAACACAACCCUGUCAACAAAGACCCGAAUCCUCAAACACACUGGACCAACAGGUUGGCCCAAUCCUUCCCUAAACCCAUUGAGACCAAGCCCCUGCUGUCACAAAGAGAAACUCCACCGUCAGGGACCAUGCAGCAACGUGGAGACAGGCGUCCCUUAAGCGAGCCUUUCGACUGGGCCGAAGCCCCUCACUACGACAACACCGGAUUCGAUGCCGAGGAGUCUCCCCUCGACCCGUCCUCGUCCAAAAGCAGCCAGGGGAACCCACCGCUGGGUUCCAAACCUCGAAGCCAGUCCACCCACGGCCGCCGUCCUCUCAUGAGGCAAGAACGAAUCGUAGGCGUCCCCUUGGAGUUGGACGCGCAGACGCUCCCCUUUCACAGCAACCAACGCUCCACGCAUGACAACGAAGCCCAGGCUUCUGCACAAGCAUCCCAGAAUCCUUGGCAGAAUUGGACCCGAACCCCAAGCCCCUUGGAAGACAGGACGGCCUUUCCCUCCAAAUUGGACCUUACGCCGACCUCGAGCCCCAACCCGGACCGCAAGGCGCCAGACCAAAGGCGGGAGCAAUCAUCCGGGCCUCUUCCCGGUAGUUGGUCAUACCAUAACAAUCAGGCGGAGCAAAACAGAAAGGACCAGCUCACUGUCACCGGGGGCAACAAGGUAACCGUGGUCAUGAGUAAAAGCUCUGAGCGGCUGUCUCCCAUGAUGAAAGAAACAAGGUCCAGGUUUAAGAAAUCCCAGAGCAUCGACGAGAUCGACAUUGGCGCCUAUAAAGUAUACAGUAUUCCCAUGGACAGCUACAGCGCCUCCAUUGAGCAGCAGAGCAGUUUGGACCGACAAGAGCUGCCUGGUUCCAUGGAGCAGACCAACAUGGCUCGCUCCCAGUCCGCACCGAUGUUAGACGAGGAACUUGGAUUCCCGGCGCAUGGCAACCAGAACCAGCAGGGACACAACCAAACCCCUGCAGUCCCACAUAAAGCCUACCACUUUGACCAAAACUACAAUCCCCAGGUGAGCGUGGACAGACGGGCUCCUCCCCCUUUCCCCAAUACACCCGAUUAUGUCAACCACUCAUCAAAAGCAUCGGAGUACGGCAAUCAACCUGGAAAGACAUUACCCAAGGAGUUGGUGAGCCCUCGGUAUCGUGCUUACCCACCGCUGGAGAUGUUCUCCUUCCCCCAAGCGCCGAUCAGUCAGGAUGGUUCCACCAAUCAGCAUCAGCCCAAUCCAUCGCAGCGUUCGAGGCCAGGGUUUUUGAGGAGAGCAGACUCACUGGUGAGCUCUACCGAACUGGCUCUGUUCCGUAGAGUCCACGAAGCCCAGCAGGAGGCCCUGCAGGAAGCUCAGUACAGACAGCAACAUCAGGGGGAACCUCCCCUCUAUAGUCGGGCCCUGGCUUAUUCCAGCCCCAUGGAGCAUUCUGACAACCAAAUGAUGCACAACAAGAGAAAUGGACGCUACGAUGACGAUUAUCCCAACUACCAGGAACAGAAGAAACCCAUGAUUGGUUACCCGACCAAGAGCUUGACUCAACGGCGCCCACUGUCCGCUAGAAGCUACAGCACUGAGACCUAUGGAGCAUCUCAGGCACGUCCCGUCUCGGCUCGUCCCACCAUGGCGGCUCUCCUGGAGAAGAUGCCUCCCGACUAUACUCUGGCAACCUGCCCGGAGAAGCCAUCUGACGACACGGUCAAGGUACGACCCGUGGUGCCGCAGAAGCCCGAAGACAUCACCUCCAAGAUGCCCGCCGACUGGAGGCAACAGCUGCUGAGACACAUUGAGGCCAAACGCCUGGACAGGAGUGGUGUCCUAAAGCACAAUACGCUCACGCUGGGCAUGCUCUGUCAGGGCGGGGGUCACGGCCAGGGGCGCAGCAGCACUUUGAACUUUAACCUUUACAAUAACACUAAGCAUGAGCCCCCUGCUGGCCGCUGGCUGCCACUACCUCCUCCUCCUUCUGCUGCUGCUGUUACCCCCUCCCAACAGGCUGCCAUGCUGGACAAUGACCAAGAGGGCGUGUCAGGAAGCAAUCAAUGGGCUCCGUACUCACUCGGCAGGAGAGACGUUCCGCCCGACAACCUGGUGAAAAAGGGAGCCCACUCUCACAACACCAUGGUGGCCACUUCCUCAUCCUCUUCCACCACGCCUCAUCGGAUGGUUGGCCAACAGGGCUACGAUGGCGGGAUGCUGAACAAGGCGCUCCAGUAUCAGCCAGGGAUGCCUUUGUCGCUCGUUCCCUCUGGGGGGCAGUAUCAAGGAAAUGUGCCUCAGGCGCUUAACACUCCUGGCCAGGUGUACUCAAGCGCGGGCCUUCCCAUGGCGGCAAACCAAGUCCAGUACAACCUGCAUACGUCCCACGCGUCACAUCAAACUCCGCAUCCUCCCAACAACCCACAGUACCAUAGCAACCAAGGAAUGGUCCAUAGCAACCAGGUUGUGGUGACCACUCACAGCAACAUGCGGCCUCAGAGCGCUCGCUGUCUUCUCCAAACCAAAGGCCAGAAGAGCACCGAUGGCUUCCAAGAACAGUUGUGUGUGCGAAUAGAGAAGAACCCCGGUCUUGGUUUUAGUAUCUCUGGCGGCAUCAGCGGUCAGGGGAAUCCCUUCAAACCCUCCGACAUGGGUAUCUUUGUUACUAGGGUACAGCAUGAUGGGCCUGCUGCAACUUCCUUGCAGCCUGGAGACAAGAUACUACAGGCUAAUGGACAUAAUUUUUUACACAUGGAACAUGAGACAGCCGUCUCUCUGCUGAAGAGUUUCCAAAGGACGGUGGACUUGGUGGUUCAGAGACUGCAGCACCCCCUCCCCUAAAAAUAUGAAAACAAAUGAGCAAACGCACCGCUCACCACCCCAGCCGCCCUCUUCUGGAGGCUGCUGGAACUGAAUUGGAGCCUGUUUUCUCUUUGUGUGUGUGUGUGUGUGUGUGUGUGCGUGCGUGCGUGUGUG